AUGGCCACUCCUACUUGUCAGGAUUGGAUUUGGGAUUCGUGGAGCAGACCACGCGCGCGCUCUCUCUGCCCUCCACCGCGCUUCGCUCCCGCCGGGCCGCACAUGGCGACGGCCACCGCCUCCACGUCGCUCCGCCCGCCGCCGUCCCCGUUCCCGCCCCGGCUUGCGGGGUCGCUGCGCCAAUGGUGCUGGGGGAUGCCUACGCAUUCCUCUCGGAGGAGAGCCUUCCACGCGCAUCCGCGGAAGAGGAACACUUUGUUAUGCGCAGCCGUUAAAGGCCCUGAAGAAUCCUUCAAGAAGACCAUUGAAAUGGAUAGGCUGAUUGAUAUGCUUAGAGAUGCAAAUCCCAGAGAGCUUGAUCUAAUAGUGGUUGAAAAUAUUCUAGCGUUCAGUGAGGAUUUCUGGGUUCGGCUGGCUGCUCGGAUUGAUCUAUGCAAAUCGGAUGAUGAUAAAAAAGAUUAUGAAGAACUGGCAGAGAAUGUCAUGAACAUAGUUGACCGUGUCGUCCACAAGACUGAUGAGAAGAUUGAACAGUCAACUGAUGUUCUGAAGGCAAUUAUUAGUCCUGUUAUGAAUGAAGGAGAAGAUGGGAUGUGGCCACCGAGAAAUCCGGAGGCUCUCAAAUUGAUGGAAAAAGAAAUAUCAAACAGAGAAAAAGAAGGACAGCUAGAUGAGAGUUUUCUGUCAGAAGUUAAUGCUCAGCUGAGGCAAGCUAAAGACGAAGUAGAUAAGCCAGGGCUUCAAGUAAUGCUUCAAAAGGUGUUGCAACUAUAUGCUUCCAACUUUCUCCGAAAGCGCAGUUACGCUUAUAAAGGGGGAGAGGUUGUAGUGCCUGAAAAGUUUCUUGAAUCGAUAAUAGAGGCUCCCGAAAAUGACUGGAAUAGGCUGUUGCUUGAUGGACUUACAGUUGGAAAGGGAGAUGUUUCACCUGAAGAAUUUUACGCUGUUACCAAGAAGAGAAUUGAGAGAAUCUUGAUUCGCACGGAAGGAGGUUCUUAUCAGCAACGGGUACUUGUCGAAUAUAUAAAAGAGAUACAAGCUAGAGCAGAGGAAAUAGUGAACCGGCUUCAGGGCCCAGCUGUGUAA